UCUUAUCUGAUGUACUGUAUGGUUUGGGUGGGGAAUAUAGUCGCGAUAUUGUGGAUUUGGGCUGGAGAUUUGAUUACGCCAAAUGGCUUGUAACCAAGUUCGAGCAAGGGGUACAGUUGUUGCAGACUUCUGAGAAGCGUAACAUUAAAUGGUUUGAUCUGUAG